AUGGCCAACACAGCUAGGAUAGUACACCCCAAAUGCAAGACACUAAUCCCACCAGGGUGCUACCACCAGUUCCUAACUUCCUGGCAAAAUGUAUAUGGGGAAUGGGAGGAGCACAUUCACCCAUCUGGAGCUACUUAUUAUUACAAUCAGAUAUGGAAAACAUACAUUGGACUGAAUCUAAGAGACUGCUCAAAAGUUCAGUUGGAAAACUUUGAGGUCCUUUGGAUGGCACUCAUCUUUGAAGAAAGUGCAAUUUUGCUAGGGAAUGGUAUCAUAAAAGCCCAGUUUUGGAAGCAUGUAGAAUUCUUUCCCUACAGUUUUAAGCUGGAUCGUUUCCUUGUAAGAAAGCUGCAAGCUGAAAUUGAUUGGUUUCAUGCAGAUGCACUGACUCUAGAAAAUUCCACUUUGGCUACCAUAUUCUCUAACAGGGAUGUGACAGAGAAAAUCAUCACCAGACUGGCCAGUCUAGGCUCUGAUGGAAGUAUAACGGAGCCAGGUGUCGCAUUAUUCUGUAGACUAUACCAUAUGCUACAACACCUCAACCAAAUCUAUGUUGACGGCCUUGUCAAUUCCCUCAACAUCAAGAACUUUGUUGAUGACGUCAGCACCCAGAUCACAGUGCAGAUAACUUUGGCAGGGGUUAUUAUGGCAAUCAAUGCCAGUUUCCUUGCCAUACAAGGUGUAGGCACUGGAAAGGUAGCAGAGUCUAUUUUGAAGGGAUCCAUUAUAUUUUGUGUGGCCUGCAUGUUUUUAGGGAUGUUUGCACAACACUUUGGAGAGAAAUUGAAAACACUGAGAUUUGCGGCAUACUAUCUGGAUCAGGAAAUGAUAGUUGUCAUUGGGGUGCUCAGCGCACCUAGAUUUUUUUAUAUAAUGAGGCAAAUGUACUUAGGCAUCACAUGGUCCAGCAUUGGAUUUCUUGCCAGUGCCUUUGUAGACUCUGAGCACUCCACAGCCACCCUAGUUACUUGCACUUGCUGCCUCCUCAUUGUGAUGGACAUCCUAGGCCCAUUGGCUUGGUGUGGUUUAAGAGCAGGGGUAGUACCAUUCUUUCAUAUUGCUGAAGAUUGA